AUGUCUGGCGCAAGACAUUGGGAGCAAGACAAGGACUCCACGAUCUACAUCGGUAAUCUCGAUGAGCGUGUCACAGACGCCCUCGUCUGGGAGUUGUUUCUGCAAGCAGGUCGCAUCGUGAAUGUCCAUCUGCCAAAGGAUCGGGUCACUCAAUCACAUCAAGGCUAUGGCUUCGUCGAAUUCAACUCAGAAGAAGAUGCCGAAUAUGCGGCCAGGGUCAUGAACCAAGUCAGGCUUUACGGCAAGCCUAUCCGUGUCAACAAAGCUAGUGCUGAUAAGCAGAAAUCUGUCGAAGUUGGUGCAGAGUUGUUCAUUGGUAAUCUGGACCCAAUGGUCGACGAAAGAAUGCUCUACGACACAUUCGGACGGUUUGGUACGUUGGUGGCUGCUCCAAAGAUUGCUCGUGAUGAAAACAACUUAUCAAAAGGCUACGGGUUUGUCUCCUUUGCCAACUUUGAAUCCUCGGAUGAUGCCAUUGCCAACAUGAACGGUCAAUACCUCAUGAACAAGGAGGUCUCAGUCCAAUACGCCUAUAAAAAGGACGGCAAAGGCGAAAGGCAUGGUGACCAAGCCGAAAGAAUGCUUGCAGCUCAAGCAAAGGCUCAUGGUGUUCAACCCACUCCUGCUACAAUUCCGAUGGGCGGACCAGUAUUUGGAGGCGUGCCGCAGACUCCUGUACCUCCUGUUGGCUUUGCACAACCAGGCGGUCAAUAUCAGGCUGUGCCACCACCAGUACAAGCAAGACCACCUCCUCCACCCAGUGCGCCACUCACGGCUCCACCAAGUGGUCUUCCGGCGAGACCACCUCCAAGCCAGGCGGGAUAUGGCGGGCCACAAGGAUUCAUGCCACCAGGGUUCAAUCAAGUACCUGCAGGUUUCCCACAGCCGAAUGUCUUGCCUGCUGGGUUUGCCCCCCCUCCGGGCUUUGCCGGUCCACAAGCUGGUACCAUACCAUCUGCACCGGUUAUGCCGCCGGGCGGAUUUUCUGGAUAUGGUAUCCGUAAAUGA